AUGAAGUCACUCCUUAAUUUCGAAGAAAAUUUACCUGAAGAGAUCCUUUCGGAGCAUAUUCAUUGUACAGGGAUCAGGAAUUCCAUACACUCGGAGAGCAGUGUGUCAGAUUCACUAUUUCAGAGAGGUAAAAGGCACAAGCAUUUUGUAGAGGCUGACUCUUUUUCAUUCUUGCCGAAUCACAAAGUAGACUCUAACAGAGACAAUAAGUCAAAAGAUACACUUCAAAAAUCCAAUUCUACCAACAGUUCUGGUUCAAAAAUUGAUUCUAGAAGAAGUAGUCUUCAGAGUGAGAUCAAAGACUUACUUCAUAAAGCCAUGCGUAUCAGAAGCACUUUUUACCAUGAAUCUGGCAGAGGAGUCUCUUCCUCACAAGUAGUUCAACAUCAGGCUAGCUUUAGUUCUGAUGAAAGCGACCUUUCUGCACCAAAUAAUCAAGAACCAAGUGAAAGACUAGUCACGAUGAAUGAUGUCAGUUGUUCAGAAUCCUUCUAGAGUAUCAAGCUAAUAAAUAAUUUGUAUAUAACUAACUUGACUUA